AUGUUUAUUAUAUAUUUAUUUUCAGUAGUAAAUGCUUAUUUCUCUAAAAAACUUGCACAUGAUUUAUAUUUGUAUACUAAAAUAGCUGUUUGUGACACUCAAUAAAUAAAAGAAUGGAAUUGUGGAUAUUUUUGUGACUAACAUCCUGAUAUGGAUUCAAUAAAAGUGAUUGAAAGUGAUAAACAUGGUGUUCUAUCUUAUGUAGGGAUUAAUUAGGCUGAAAAUAGAAUUAUAGUUACAUUUCGAAGUACACUUAUCAAAAACUUUAGGUACUUAAAAUUUACUUAAUUUCAUAAAUGAUUUGAAAUUUAUGAAAUAAGAUUAUCCUUGUUCUGAUUGCAAAGUGCAUUCAGGUUUUAUGGAGAGUUAUUUAGAUAUCAAAGAUGAUUUAUUAAAAUAAGUGAAUGAUUUGUCUAUACAAAAUCCAAAUGCAUAAUUAACAAUAACGGGUCAUUCACUUGGUGCAGCUUUGGCUACUUUAGCAGCAAUUGAUCUAACAAAUAUUGGAUUAUAUAUUCAUACAUUUUAUAUAUUUGGGUAUAGAUUAAUUCAUAUUCAAUAUUUUAGAUCACCUAGAGUUGGAAACAAAGCUUUUGCAGAAUAUUUUAGUAAGAAAAUAACAACCAAAGAUAAAGCAAGAGUAACUCACUUUAGUGAUUUAGUUCCUCAUUUACCACCAUAAUCAUUAGAUUAUAUACAUGCUGUUCCUGAAUAUUGGUUUAAUUAGGAUUUUAAAGAAUAUUAAUAAUGUGAAUAUUCAAAAUUUGAAGAUGAAAAAUGUUCAAAUUCUAUGUGGAGUCAUUCUAUUAGAGAUCAUCGAGAUUAUUUUAAUAUCAAAUAUCGAUGCAAUGAUAGUUUUUAUUAAAAGAAAACUAAAGAAUAAAUUAUUCUCUGA